AUGUUAUGUUUUGUGAAACGUUAUGCUAGUGAUGGUUUGGUUUGUACAAGUGACACAAAAAAUAUAGGCGCUGGACGUCUGUCGAAUGCCACAAUCGAAUCCUAUUUUUCUAUUAUUAAAGUACCUCGUCUUCAACGAAAAACACGCCCGCGGCCAGCACAACUCGUUUCUGAAAUCUUUCAAAGCACUCAGGCAAGAUUAAAAGCUGGUAAAUAUGGAGUUAUUCAAACAAAUAAAGGUCGACGAAAGCGUGCGAAAAAUAAUACUGAUAUUAACAUAAUCGAAGUAUGA